CUCGUCGGCUUCAGACGUCUCUUGCACUUUUCAGUGCCAAAAGGCCAAGAGAAGCAAUAACUGAGUUAUCUGAUAUAUAUAUAUUAAAGCCGAUCGCGAUUUCUAACAGUCAUUCAUUGAAGUGUCCACCAAAGAUCGGCACGUGCUAAGCUUUAUUGCUAGCCAUUAUAUAGAUAUACUAUACUAAACUAUUGCUGAGAAGGCAAAAUGGCCAAGAAGGAGGAAUCACAGUUGCCGCAGGCUGGUGAUUUCCAGGCUAAGGAAGGAUCAGUUCUUGAGGAGAGCACCACACGAAAGUACAGUUACUUUGAUCUGUUUAGAUACUCAACCACAUGUGAGCGCUGCCUGUUCGUAUUCAGUCUGCUGGUGGCCACCGGUGCGUCCAUCUUUAUACCCUACUUCAUGAUCAUCUAUGGAGAGUUCACAUCCCUGCUGGUGGAUAGAACAGUGGGAGUGGGAACAUCCUCACCCUCCUUUGCUCUGACAAUGUUUGGAGGCGGAAAGCAAUUAACAAAUGCCAGCGCCGAGGAGAACAAACAGGCCAUCAUCGAUGAUGCCACAGCCUUUGGAAUUGGCAGUCUUGUGGGAUCUGUGGCCAUGUUUCUGCUCAUCACUCUGGCCAUCGAUUUGGCCAACAGAAUAGCCCUUAACCAGAUCGAUCGCAUCAGGAAGCUCUUCCUGGAGGCCAUGCUGCGACAGGAUAUUGCCUGGUAUGACACCAGUUCGGGAUCCAAUUUCGCCAGCAAAAUGACAGAAGACUUGGACAAACUAAAAGAGGGCAUUGGCGAGAAGGUCGUAAUCGUGAUCUUCCUCAUCAUGACCUUUGUGAUUGGAAUCGUUUCGGCCUUUGUCUACGGCUGGAAGCUCACCUUGGUCGUCCUCAGUUGCGUACCCUUCAUCAUUGCUGCCACCAGUGUGGUGGCCAGACUCCAGGGAUCACUGGCCGAGAAGGAACUGAAGUCCUAUUCCGAUGCAGCCAAUGUGGCCGAGGAGGUGUUCAGUGGAAUUCGUACUGUAUUCGCUUUCAGUGGUCAGGAAAAGGAAAAUGCUCGCUUUGGAAAGUUGCUUAUUCCCGCAGAGAACACAGGACGCAAAAAGGGUCUCUAUUCGGGUAUGGGAAAUGCCCUCUCCUGGCUGAUCAUCUACCUAUGCAUGGCUUUGGCCAUCUGGUAUGGUGUUACUUUAAUCCUGGAUGAGCGUGAUCUACCUGAUAGGGUUUACACACCAGCCGUCUUGGUUAUUGUCCUGUUUGCCGUGAUCAUGGGUGCCCAGAAUCUCGGUUUCGCCUCGCCACAUGUGGAGGCUAUUGCUGUGGCCACGGCAGCUGGACAGACCUUGUUUAAUAUCAUCGAUCGCCCGUCGAAAGUGGACCCCAUGGACGAGAAGGGAAGCAGGCCGGAAAACACUGCUGGACACAUUCGUUUCGAGGGUAUUCAUUUCCGCUAUCCCGCUCGGCCAGAUGUGGAGAUCCUCAAGGGCCUCACCGUCGAUGUGCUUCCGGGUCAGACGGUGGCCUUCGUUGGAGCCUCUGGGUGUGGCAAGAGCACCCUCAUCCAGCUGAUGCAGCGGUUCUACGACCCCGAGGCGGGCAGCGUCAAACUGGACGGACGGGAUCUUCGAACACUGAAUGUGGGCUGGCUGCGUUCGCAGAUUGGAGUGGUGGGCCAGGAACCGGUUCUCUUCGCCACCACCAUUGGCGAGAAUAUCCGAUACGGAAGACCAUCGGCCACUCAGGCUGAUAUAGAGAAAGCGGCGCGUGCCGCCAACUGUCAUGAUUUCAUCAGUCGCCUGCCCAAAGGCUAUGCCACCCAGGUGGGUGAGAAGGGUGCUCAGAUCUCUGGUGGCCAGAAGCAGCGUAUUGCCAUUGCCAGGGCCUUGGUUCGACAGCCGCAAGUACUACUUCUGGACGAGGCAACCUCAGCAUUGGACCCCACCUCUGAGAAGCGUGUGCAAAGUGCUCUGGAACUGGCUAGCCAAGGACCAACAACCUUGGUUGUGGCCCAUCGUCUGUCCACUAUCACCAAUGCCGACAAGAUUGUGUUCCUAAAGGACGGUGUAGUAGCGGAACAGGGUACACACGAAGAGCUGAUGGAGCGCAAAGGUCUGUACUGCGAAUUGGUGAACAUCACUCAGCGUAAGGAGGCCACUGAGGAGGAUGAGGGAGCGGUGGUCGGGCGGCCACUACAGAAGUCGCAGAACCUGUCUGACGAGGAAACCGAUGAUGAUGAGGAGGAUGAAGAGGAGGACGAGGAGCCCGAGUUGCAGACUUCUGGCAGUUCCAGGGACAGCGGGUUUAGAGCCAGCACGCGACGUAAGCGUCGCUCGCAGCGUCGCAACAAGAAGAAGAAGCAAAAGGAAGUGGUGGCCAAGGUGUCCUUCAUGCAGCUAAUGAAACUGAACUCUCCCGAGUGGCGCUUGAUAGUGGUGGGUAGCAUUGCCUCCGUGAUGCAUGGAGCCACCUUCCCCCUUUGGGGUCUCUUCUUUGGAGACUUCUUCGGAAUCCUGUCGAAUGGCGACGAUGAUGUGGUGCGCUCCGAGGUCCUGAAAAUCUCUAUGAUCUUUGUUGGCAUUGGUUUGAUGGCCGGAUUGGGUAACAUGCUGCAGACCUAUAUGUUCACCGCGGCUGGUGUGAAGAUGACAACGCGUCUGAGGAAAAGGGCCUUUGCCACCAUCAUAGGUCAAGAUAUCGCUUAUUUCGAUGACGAACGAAACUCUGUGGGAGCAUUGUGCUCUCGUCUGGCCAGUGAUUGCUCAAAUGUUCAAGGGGCAACUGGAGCUCGUGUGGGCACCAUGCUUCAGGCCGUUGCCACUCUUGUAGUUGGAAUGGUCGUCGGAUUUGUCUUCUCCUGGCAACAGACACUUCUCACCCUGGUCACCCUUCCAUUGGUCUGUUUAUCUGUCUACCUAGAGGGUCGUUUUAUCAUGAAGAGUGCCCAGAAGGCCAAGACUUCCAUCGAGGAAGCUUCCCAAGUAGCCGUCGAAGCUAUUACCAAUAUCCGAACAGUCAAUGGUCUCUGCCUGGAGCGUCAGGUCUUGGAUCAGUAUGUCAUGCAAAUCGAUAAUGUGGAUGCUGCCUGCAGAAGAAAAGUUCGCUUCCGUGGCUUGGUUUUCGCUCUGGGACAGGCGGCUCCUUUCUUGGCCUACGGUAUCUCCAUGUAUUAUGGUGGUAUUUUGGUAGCGGAGGAUCGAAUGGAUUAUGAGGACAUCAUUAAGGUUGCUGAGGCACUGAUCUUUGGUUCCUGGAUGUUGGGACAGGCUUUAGCCUAUGCCCCGAAUGUAAACGAUGCUAUUCUGUCCGCCGGACGCCUGAUGGAUCUCUUCAAGCGCAACUCCACGCAGCCUAAUCCGCCACAGAGUCCCUACAACACAGUUGAGAAAUCCGAGGGAGACAUAGUGUACGAAAACGUUGGCUUCGAGUACCCAACGAGGAAGGGCACUCCCAUUCUGCAAGGACUAAACCUUACCAUCAAAAAGUCGACAACAGUGGCACUCGUAGGACCUUCCGGCUCCGGCAAAUCCACCUGCGUACAACUCCUUCUCCGUUACUACGAUCCCGUAUCAGGAUCCGUGAAUCUGAGUGGAGUUCCCAGCACGGACUUUCCGCUGGAUACACUGCGCUCCAAGCUGGGUCUGGUCUCCCAGGAACCUGUACUCUUCGACCGCACCAUUGCCGAGAACAUAGCUUAUGGCAACAACUUCCGAGACGAUGUGUCCAUGCAGGAAAUCAUUGAGGCGGCAAAGAAGUCCAAUAUCCACAACUUUAUUAGUGCUCUGCCGCAGGGAUACGACACUCCGUUGGGCAAGACAUCGCAGCUUUCGGGAGGUCAGAAGCAACGCAUCGCCAUCGCUAGAGCGCUGGUUAGGAACCCCAAGAUACUCAUCCUAGACGAAGCUACUUCUGCUCUGGAUUUGGAGAGUGAGAAGGUGGUGCAACAGGCCCUAGAUGAGGCACGAUCGGGCCGCACAUGUCUGACGAUUGCACAUCGUCUGACCACCGUGCGGAAUGCGGAUCUCAUCUGCGUGCUGAAACGCGGCGUGGUAGUGGAACAUGGCACCCACGACGAGCUGAUGGCUCUGAAUAAAAUCUAUGCCAAUCUCUACUUAAUGCAGCAGGUAGCUGGAUAGAGAUAGCGGAUUAGAGUGAUUAGUUUUAGGUUUUAAUUUAGUAUGUACACUAGGCUAAUAGAAAAUGUUGAAGUAUUACGAAAAAAUAGAAUAAAUAAGCCAAGUACUACA